AUGGGGAAUUUAAAUCUCACAGAAGAACGGUCUGUGUAUACUGGUAGUUCCCACUGGGCUACUAUCCUGGAAGAUUAUGCAAACUUCUGGGCCAACCCCUCAGUCACGCCUAUCAAUUGGUUGGGACUGCUCUUCAGCAUUAUGAGCAUGUCCGCAUCUAUCCAAAAGACAGAGCUAGGCGCCCAUGACCCAUCUGCUCAAGAAUUGCAGGCAAAUCUUGAGACGUUCAGAACACUGACCAUCCACUGCUUGGUUGCCGGUGACUAUUUGCAUGCUAGCAGGUACGUCGUCGAGACGCUGAUGCUGCAUUUUGCUGUUGACCAGCAUGCCAAUAUUGCCACACAUAUGGGUAGCUGGAUUCUCAUGGGCGUCAUCAUCAGAGUUGCUAUGCGUAUGGGUCUACAUCGCGAACCAUCACACUGGCCAGGCAUCCGGCCUUUGCAAGCCGAGCUUCGGCGACGAGCUUGGACAUUUCUGUAUAGCGUCGACUUCUUCACCAGUACCCAGGUCGGACUGCCACGCAUUAUCAAAGACUCUCAGUGCGAUACGCGCCCUCCUUCGUAUUUACUGGAUAGUGAUAUCAGUACUGAUAGCGGCGUUCUUCCACCCGAGAGGCCAUUCUCAGAACCUUCCAUGCUGACAUUCUUUAUCAAGAGGCAUGGUGUUAUCAAAGUAGCAGCUGAGAUAUACGAUACUACCGAAGCCGGACCUCCAUCGCCAGCUGCUGUUACCGCCCUCGAGGCCAAGCUUCAAAGCGUCGUUGAUGCUUUGCCUGCUUGGCUCAAACCAAAGCCACUUGAAGAGUCAAUCGCAGACAGCCCUUCUAUCAUACUGAACCGCAUGAUGCUGGAUAUCAUUAUCCAAAAGGCCAUAUAUCUCCUCCACCGGCAUAGCUUUAUCAACAGUUCAGCCGGGGAAGAUAAUUCCAGGUCUCAUGAAGUAUGCAUCGGGGCAGCUCUCGCAAUUCUAGAGUAUCAGCGGCGCAUGCAGGAGGAGGCUCAGCCUGGAGGUCUCAUGUACGCCAUCCGCUGGAGAAUCUCUGCACCGCUUAACCACGACUUCCUCCAAGCCACCAUGAUGCUGUGUCAUUCUUUGAGUAGAUACGAUGCAAGACGUGCUCUAGAUAGGCGAGAAGAUAUCUUGCAAGCUUUGAUUGUGGCUAAGGAUAUUUGGGAACAAAGCUCGGACAGGUCGACUGAAGCACAGAGGGCUAUAAAAGCCAUCUCAGUCAUGCUGGAACAGGAUCGAAAGAAUUCAGCUUCUCUUCCAGUCCAGUCGUUUGUUCCUGAGGCCUCGUUCUUUAAGCCAGCGGAAGAUACUUUCGAUGUCUUCGACAACACUUUCGGUCAAACCAUGGCAUUGGAUCCGUCAUUUUUCUCAGUCCAGGAUGAUAUGCCGACAUUGAGCAGUGUUAUAACUGGAUAUAUGACUGAUACAGUUGCUCCUGGUCUUUCGGGUGCAUUAUUCGAAACCAUGAGUUGA